AUGGCAAAGAACUGUGAGUUUGGAGAUCUAGCAGAUUCUCUAAUACGUGACAGAAUAAUAUGUGGGGUCCCAGACAACACGCUGAAAGAGAGACUUUUACGAACAGUCGAUCUAACAUUAGACAAAGCACUGGCAACCUGUAGAGCAGCAGAGUCGACAAAGGAACAAAUAAAAAGUAUUGUCCCUCCUUCUGAAGUACAUGCCAUUGGGGGCAAACCCAAAGACAAAAAAGUUCGGGCAUUUAAGCAAGGUAAAAUUUGUGGACGGUGUGGAUAUGAUGACUCACAUAAGACUUGCCCUGCUAUGGGUCAAAUUUGCAAUAAGUGUAAUGGUGCAAAUCACUUUGCAAAAGUCUGCAGAUCAAAAGGCAAACAAAAUAGUACUAAAAAGAAAAUACAGAAAAAGAAACACAUUCAUGACAUUCAGGAUGAGCAAGCCUUCUUCAUCGACGCUCUGGAGACAGUUCAUUCCGACAAACCAGAGGAGUGCAAGCAUAGUAUUCCGGUCCUAGGAGCAUGUGUUCUGGAAGUUUCUCAUCAGGGAAAAGCAGCUAAGGUCUACUUUGUGAUAGUUCAGGAUGCUUCAACAGCAAUCUUAGGCGUAAAAGCUUGCGACAAGUUAGGACUAGUGAAACGCACAUAUACCAUAGAAAACUGCACAAAGAUAACAGACACAACUGCACAGAUUGUGGAUCAAAAUAAUGACUUGUUCGAAGGAUUAGGAUGUUUACCAGGUGAACAUAAAUUAUCCAUAGAUCCAGACAUUACACCAGUAGUGAGUCCAUGUCGUAAAAUACCUUUCGCUCUACAUGAAAAACUCCAAGAUGAACUUAAACGCAUGGAGGAUAUGGGUGUCAUAUGCAAAGAAACCGAGCAUACAGAUUGGGUGAGUCCGAUUGUAAUCGUUCCGAAAAAAGACGGAAAGAUCCGCGUUUGUCUGGAUCCAAUUCAGUUGAACAAAGCGAUACAGAGAGAACAUUACAAGCUGCCAACGCGAGAUGAGAUUCAUGCGAAGUUCAAGAAUGCACACUAUUUCAGUAAACUUGAUGCUCGUACGGGAUUCUGGCAAAUGAAACUGGAGCAGAAUUCAUCAAAACUUACCUGUUUCAAUACACCAUUCGGAAGGUAUCGAUUUCUCCGUCUACCUUUUGGUAUCUCAUCAGCACCCGAGAUAUAUCACAGGACAAUUCAUAUGAUAUAUGAACACAUACCAGGAUGCACGACAAUGAUGGAUGACAUCAUCGUAUGGGGUUCAACUCUACAAGAACACAACCAACGACUACAGCAAGUGUUUGAUGCAUCGCGCAAAGCAAAUCUCAAACUGAAUCGAGAAAAAUGUGUAUUUGGAGUUAAGGAACUUACAUUUGUCGGUGACACUAUAUCCGCAGAAGGAAUCAAGCCAGACGAGGCCAAGGUCAAGGCCAUAACAAACUUUGAGACUCCAAAAUGUAAGAAAGAUGUACAACGCUUUUUAGGCAUGUUCAACUACCAGGCAAGAUAUGUUCCAGACUUGUCGUCGAAAACUCAAGUUCUGCGAAAUCUCACAGAGGACAAAAACCAAUUUCAGUGGACUACAGUUGAGCAAAAAUCAUUCGAUGAGCUAAAGGCCAUAUUAACAAGUACAUCAGUUCUUAAGUUCUUCGACCCGAACAAAGAGAUUAAAAUCUCUUCAGAUGCCUCUAGUUUUGGACUGGGAGCGGUGCUCCUACAAAGGCAUGAUAACGAGUGGAUGCCAGUGGCAUAUGCGUCGCGAGUUAUGUCUGAUGCAGAAACCAGGUACGCGCAGAUUGAGAAAGAAAUGUUAGCCAUAUCAUUUGCGUGUGAACACUUCCACCAAUACAUACUUGGACAGGUAGUAGAAGUGGAAACAGAUCAUAAACCACUUGUGAACAUCUUUAAGAAGUUCCUGAAUGACUGUCCACUACGAUUACAAAGACUGCUGCUGAGGGUACAGAAAUAUGAUCUACGUAUUGGCUACACUCCAGGAAAAUUUAUGCAUACCGCUGAUGCGUUGUCCAGAGGAACGGAUAUGUCAACGAAACUGACCAAAUCAGAACAGGAGGAGGAUCUCAAAGUGUAUGUUGACUCUGUCAUUAAGAGUCUACCCAUAUCAGAUCGUAAGCUACAGAAGAUUCGUGAGGAAACUCAACAUGACCCAAAAUUGCAGUUACUAGCAGACGUAAUUGUAAAAGGAUUUCCCGAAACGCGCAUUGAAUGCCCUAAGGAAAUAUCAGAAUACUGGAAUAUACGUACAGAGCUGAGUUUAUGUGAUGGAAUCAUCAUGAAGACAGACCGCAUUGUUAUUCCAGUCUCAUUGCGGAAGGAGAUGCUUACCAAAAUCCAUACAGGUCACCUUGGUAUCGGAAAAUGUCGGAAUCGAGCCAAACAAGUGAUGUAUUGGCCUGGAAUGUAUGCACAAAUCGAGGAAAUGGUGAAUUCAUGUUCAACAUGUAUCAAAUUCCGUCCAAAACAACCGUCGGAACCGCUUAAACCACAUGAUGUAUGCAAUUAUCCGUGGGAAGAAGUGGGUGCAGAUUUGUGUGUAUUCAAUGGAGAAAAUUAUCUUGUGUUAUGUGAUUACUAUUCCAAUUAUCCAGAAGUGUGUCGUUUGCAUAGUGUGUCAAGUCAAUCAGUCAUUAAUGCAAUGAAAUAUGUGUUUGCAGGCCAAGGCAUACCUAAGAUAGUGUUCAGUGAUAACGGACCACAAUUCAAGUCAGCUGAAUUCACGGAUGAUGGAUCAGAUUUCCACAUGAGUCUACUCAUCUACCGUGCAACUCCUAUACUCGAUGGGAAAUCACCAGCCGAAAUACUGAACAAUGGACGUAAACUGCGUUCGAACUUACCAAUGGCUGAUAGUUGCCGAGGAAACCAUUUAAACGAGUCUUACGAAAGAGCAAAGAUGCAACAGAAACUCAGACAAAAACAGUAUCAUGACAGAAACGCAAAAGAACUAUCGCUGCUGAGUCCAGGACAAACCGUCCGUCUUAGGGAUCAUAAUGACAAGGAUUGGGGUAACUGUGGCAAGGUGCUCGACCAAGUUGCUCCGAGAUCAUACGUGGUUCAAAGCGAAAAUGGACAUGUAUACCGCAGAAAUCGCAGACAUAUUUUGCAGUCAAAUGAACAAUUUACACCAUAUGAACAAUAUGAUUGUCAAAACAAUGAUAAUGUUGAUCAUUCUAGUCAUAAUCCAUGUGAUACUGAAAAUACUCAAUCACUUAGUCAAGAUAUGUCUUUUUGUACCAAUCAUGUACCCACACAAAAUAUGUCAGGGACCACAAGGUCUGGUAGGUCAGUUAAGAAACCACAGAGAUUAAUUGAAGAGAUUUAA